CAACCUUCCCCAUGCGAAGUUUCUACCUCUUUACCACACCCUUCGGCACACGCCACACGGUACGGACCAACCCACUCUCUCUCCCUCUCUCGCGCUACCACGUCAUUUUCAACCCCACGUUGACUUCUCUACACGCUCUCUUUCCCGCAGUUGAAAUUGCAUCAAUAACCCACACAAACCAACCCUCUCUCACUUCACUUCAAUACUCCUCUUUCUCUCACCUUGUUGUUAUUGUUGUUGUUGUUGUUGAAUCCAAAGCAACCAAAAUUAAAAAAUGAACGACUUGUUCUCCGGUUCGUUCUCUCGCUUCCGCAGCGACCAAGCCUCGCCGGAUCCUCACCACGUGAUCGAGAUGACCGGCGGCGGCGGUGGAGUGAACCUCGACAAGUUCUUCGAGGAUGUUGAGGGAGUGAAGGAGGAACUGAAAGAGGUUGAUGAGCUAGCGCAGAAUUUGAAGAGUAGCCACGAACAGAGCAAAACGGUGCACAACGCCAAGGCCGUUAGGGACCUUCGUUCGCGCAUGGACGGCCACGUGUCCGUCGCUCUCAAGAACGCCAAACUUAUUAAGCUCAAGUUGGAGGCUCUGGAGCGGUCCAACGCUGCGAACCGGAACCUCCCCGGUUGCGGACCCGGUUCGUCUUCGGACCGGACCCGAACCUCCUUGGUCAACGGUUUGAAAAAGAAGCUUAGGGACUCUAUGGAGAGCUUCAACGAGAUUCGCCAACUCAUAUCGACGGAGUACAGGGAGACCGUGCAACGCCGUUACUUCACCGUUACCGGCGAAAACCCCGAUGAUAAGACCCUUGAUCUCUUAAUCUCCACUGGUGAGAGUGAGACCUUCCUUCAGAAAGCGAUUCAAGAACAGGGCAGGGGUAGAAUUUUGGACACCAUCAAUGAGAUUCAAGAGAGGCAUGAUGCUGUGAAAGAGAUAGAGAAGAGUCUGAAGGAGUUGCACCAAGUGUUCCUUGACAUGACAGUGUUAGUGCAAGCUCAAGGUGAGCAAUUGGAUGAUAUUGAGAGUCAUGUGGCAAGGGCUCAUUCAUUUGUGCGCACCGGAGCUGAGCAGUUGCAUACUGCGCGCAAGCACCAGAAAAACACCAGGAAAUGGACCUGUUAUUGUAUUAUACUUCUUCUGGUGAUCAUCUUGUUUGUGGUGCUCUUCACUGUGAAGCCGUGGGAACAUAAUGGUAGUGGCAGUGGUCAGCCUGCACCGGCUCAAACACCUCCUUCUCCUCCUAAUGCUUAACCUUAGGGAUUAAGCAUUUAUAAAUUGCGAUGCAUGCUGGUUUCAUUUAUUUUUAUUUGAGCAUUGAGAUAUAUUAUAUUUUGGGAGGUGAGAUAAACAUGUAUUAGCUUAUGAUUUGAAAGGAAAUCUGUAGGCGUGACUUACAGUUUUAUUUCGACACAUAGAAAGGUUGGAUGAUUUAACAAAGUAUGAGAAAGGAGAGAGUCUGUUGUUUUGUUGAGGUGGAUUUUUGGAGAUCAUUAUCUUGAGCAUCGUAUUCUUUUUCUGUAAGUAGCUUAUCAGUUUGAUCAGUUGCAGUGUUGCCUGAUAGUUUAUAUGUAUUUUUUAUGGGAUCUUUCCCCAAUUAUGAUGUAUAAUAUCUUACUCUUCUCUUAUGCUGUU